GUACGAAACCAAAGAUGUCCUGCACAAGAAAGAUUCUACUCAUUCUGGGACUCCUCUCUACUUUGGCUGUAAUUGCUUUAAUUACUGUAGCAGUGACCCAAAACAAACCACUUCCGAAGAAUAUUAAGUAUGGGAUUGUGCUGGAUGCGGGGUCGUCCCACACUAACCUGUAUGUGUACGAGUGGCCAGCAGAGAAGGAGAACGACACUGGGGUGGUACAGCAGGUGGAGGUGUGUAAAGUCGAAGGCCCCGGGAUCUCAGGUUACUCCCAUGCCACGGAGAAGGCAGGUCCCUCUCUGGCACAGUGCCUACGACAAGCAGAAGAGGUGAUUCCCUCAAAGCAGCACCAAGAGACACCCAUCUACCUCGGAGCAACUGCUGGCAUGCGGCUUCUCAGCUUGGAGAAUAAAAGUGCAGCUGAAAAAGUCUUGUCCUCAGUAGAGAAGAUGCUACGCUCAGGUCCCUUCAGCUUCCAAGGUGCCAGAAUCAUCAGCGGUCAAGAAGAAGGAGCCUAUGGAUGGAUCACCAUUAACUACCUGCUGGGCAAUUUCAAGCAGUCUGGCUGGACAAAACUUCUACAUUCCCUGAAAUCCAUAAGUGAGACAUCAGGAGCACUAGACCUCGGAGGAGCCUCAACACAGAUUACCUUUGUACCAGAUACAAACCCUGAAGAGUCCCCAGAGAACCUGCUCCACUUCCGCCUCUAUGGCAAGGCUUACGGAGUGUACACACACAGCUUUCUCUGCUAUGGGAAGGACCAGGCUCUGCAACAGAAACUGGCCAGGGACCUACAGGCAAGUACAUCUAACAGCAGCCUCCUUGAUCCGUGCUUUCACCAGGGGUAUCAGAGGACUAUAAAUAUAAGUGACCUCUUCAAAAACCCUUGUACAUCAGCCAAGGAAAAAAAAUUGCCUUUCAGCCAGCUGUACAUACAGGGAGAGGGAGUUUAUCAAAAGUGCCGAAGAAACAUCCAGAAACUCUUUAAUAAAACCAAUUGUCCUUACUCCAGUUGCUCCUUCAAUGGGAUAUACCUACCUCCAUUACAAGGGGACUUUGGGGCUUUUUCUGCUUUCUACUUUGUGAUGAACUUUUUGAACCUGACCAGUGAACAAAGCCCCAUUGCCCUGGACAAAGUGGCCAGCACCAUUGAGAGCUUCUGCGCCCGGCCUUGGCACGAGGUGAAGACAGCAUAUCCCCAAAUAAAAGAAAAGUACCUGAGCGAAUAUUGCUUCUCUGGAGCCUACAUCCUCUCUCUCCUGGAAAAUGGCUACGAAUUCACUGAAAAGAACUGGCAAAGGAUCCACUUCCUUGGAAAGAUUGGCAGCAGCGAUGCAGGCUGGACCCUGGGCUACAUGCUCAACCUGACCAACAUGAUCCCUGCAGAGGACCCCGCUGUGCCCCCUCUUUCCCAUGGCAGCUACGUGGGGCUGAUGGUGCUGUGCUCCCUCGUGCUGGUGUCCAUGCUCCUGUUUGCCUGGCUUCUCUUCCACAAGCCCAAGUGCCUGCAGAAGGGGAUUGUUUAG